CAGCUAAUCGAGCUAGACAGCGAGAACCUUCUUCGAAAGUACUUUCUGAAGGGGAUUGUAGUGGUAUCGCCACCAGCCAGACUCUGUUCGAACUUGGACCGAUCUUUGGGCCGAGACCUGGUCACCCUCCAUCUACCUGUCUCGUCUAAAUCACCAUUCGAGACUUGGCUCACCUUGCGGUGACACCAACUCCACUCCUAGUCCUUACUCCUUAGGCAUACGCAAAGAGUAUGAGAACACAAAUGAGAAUCACCGGAUAAGGAGGAAACCAUGGGAAUAGCAGUUGGUGUAAACCACCUCUCCUCAAGAAUUGUGGCUUGUGGGGCGCGAGCCCGACAGCAGCAGACCCAGGCUUACCCGGAGGAAGGAGGCGGCGGCAGCCCGCAGGAGCUGAUCCGCUCGGGCGUCGUCCGCGCGAUACCGCCCAGAGACGCGGCGUCGGCGCUGCAAGCUCAAGGCUUCCGCCUGCUGGACGUCCGGCCGGCAUGGGAGUGGGAGAAGGCUCGCGUCGGGGGCUCCCUUCACGUAGCCCUCUUCGUGGAGGACACCGACACCAGCCCCAUCACCCUCCUCAAGAAGUGGGUCCACUUCGGCUACGUUGGGCUGUGGACCGGUCAGCGCUUCACCACCAUGAACGGACGCUUCCUCCCUCAGGUGGAGGAGAUGGUUCCUGACAAGGAGGAUAAGCUGCUUGUGGCCUGUGGUGAAGGACUCAGGGUGGUAUCAUCCUUCAGGUCUAUGGUUGCGGUGAGGAUAUUGCACAAGGGAGGGUACAGGAACUUGGGAUGGUUGGCUGGAGGGUUCAAUAGAUCAGGAGAUGGUGACCUUGCUGAGGUCGAGGGAAGCGCCAAGCUACGGUAUGCUACUGUAGGUGGAGUGUCCUACUUUUUCCUCCAGUUGCUUCUGUUCUUGCAAGUCUUCGGCAAGGAGAAUUGAUGUGAGUAUGAUCGCAUGUGUUGAUGGAUCUUUUUUGUGGUAGCCUUGUUUGUUACAGUAGUCUGGUCGACGGACCAUAUGAUUGUUGUUAUUUUUUGUGAUUUUGUAUCUUGCAACGCAUGAGAUGCCCUCUAAUUGAAAAAUGUUUUAGCUUUUAUUCUUUUUACAUGGAGAGAGAGAGAGAGAGAGAGAGAGAGAGAGAGAGAGAGAGGUGAAGAGGGUGUUUAUAUAGAAGAAACUUGAGUUGAGUACUUGUGUAAAGAGCGAGCUAGAUAAACAGAGUUAAUUAAGGUAUGUGGCUAAGACUUCGUCUUGUAAAAUGUAGAGCGUGGACGACAUGAUAAGAGCUUUUUAAGUUCAGCCAAUAAGUGAGGAACUAUUGAUGGACGAGUUGAAAGGAUAAGAAAAUUUAGCCAGAACUCACUCAUUUGAAAUGAAAGGUGGAGACAAAAUAGAGGCUUUUGUUAGGUUGACCUCAAUGAUAAAUCUAAAUGAGUGCAUAGAAGUGUGAGGUUCCCCAUUCUUGUUCGAGCUGACUGUUAUGGUUGCAAUUUUCUGCUUUUUUGAAGUCUACAAGAUCUUCGUAUCUUCUUCUGUAAGAACUGUUCUUUUUAAUAAAUUGGUGGCAAUCGUAUAA